AUGAGUAUGUUUUUUGACAUUGGAAUUCCAUACCAGCAGUGUGGAAAAGUAAUUGGAGCUGCAGGAGCGAGAAUCAAGCUGAUAGAGGGUGCCACUGAUACAAUUAUUUUUAUUACAAUGUGUCAAGAUAGAAUCGAAAGAGAUGCCGUCAUCACUGCCAAGACCAAAGAAGACAUUCUUGAUGUGGUGGAGUUGAUAGAGAAACUGGUGGCCAUGGAUUAUAAUGACAUUGAUGCAUAUAGGAUGAUUCAAGAAGCUCAGGACAGGAGGUUUGUUUCAGGAGCAAAGAAAAACCUGCUAACAGCCUUAGAUGAUGUCAGUAACCAGCUCACUGAAGGGAACUUGCGUUCCUGCAAUGUCUCUCUCUCCUCAAGGUCGUGCUCUCCAAGUUUUACUGGAAGCCUCAUGCCUUCCCCAACCCCUGAUCUUAACAGUAACUAUAUUGUGACUAAGGACAUGAGGAGUCAUACCCCUGAGCCUAAACAUAUACAACCAUUUAAUGGAAAACCAUUUAACCUUUUGGCUUGA